AAAAGGGCUUAUGUCAAUUUUUGGCAUUUUUUUUUUAUAAUUUUGUCAUAUGUAGUUUUUUUUACCCUUUUUUUUGGUCUAGAUGGCAUAAGUGUAUGUGUAUUCUAGCACAUAUUAUAGCAAAAAUAAAAAUAUCCUAAGUCACUAUGACGUUUAAUUUGUUUAGCAAAAAAGGCGUAAGUCAUUACUAUGACUUAAGACAUUUAGAACGUAAAUAAAUAUAUUUUUUUAACUGUCAAAAUUGACUUAUGUUGACUUAAGUCUUAUGAAUCAAGAUUGAUAAGCAAAAUAUUGUUACUGAUAAACGUGAUAUCAUUCUACGGUCGACAUAUACUAAUUAUAGUAUUAACUGUUUAUCUAGCAUGUUUUGUGUGUACUUUAUGUUAAUUUUGAGUACUUUGUUUUUGGUUAUUUUGUUUGUGUUCAGAUUUUGUAUUCACUAGUAGGUAAUUAAAAUACACAAAUAAUAAUAAUAUAAUGAAGCGUCGUACGUUAAAUAUGGUUCAAAUGGCUGAAAAAAAUGAAACAAUCUCCCAUUCUAAUAAGAUUUUUAAAAUAAUUUUUUUAUUUUUGUGUUUAUUACAUUAAAUUUUGUUCUACAAUUUAAUUAGAUAACAAUAUCACCAAUAAUCAAAAUGAAGAAUAUAAUUCUAGCAAUAGUAAAGUUCAACUUUGGAUUUCUAGUCAUCAAUAGCAUUUGUAUAUGGUUGAUGAAAAUUGGGAUGAAAGUAGUACAAAUGAUGAAGUUUAUGAUGAUGAUGAAAAUGAUAAAGAUUAUCAACCAUAUUCUCCUGUAUUACAUGAAUCUAAUAGUGAUGAAUCUAAUAAUUCAAUAUUUUCAAAUCAAGUCCAAAAUACAUUUGAAGAAAAUCAUGAUGAAAAUGAUGUCUCCAUCCGACCUUAUUCCAGAAAAUUAAAACGGAUUCGACAGCAAAAUAGACAAAAAGGACUUCCAUAUACAACAGCAAAAGGCAAAAAAGUAGGUGCUCGAUCUAGUGACAAGGAGUUGGUUGCAUGUCGUAUGAAAUGUAAAGAUUGGUUGCAAGACAUUAAAUCUAACAUAUUUAAUGAAUAUUGGAGUCUGGGUUCUCGUACUCGAAGAGUAGAUUUCAUUGGAUCAUUAGUGUCUAAAAGAAGUGUAAUAAGUUCUAGGAAACGAAAUCAAAAUUCUUUAAAAAUAAGAAAUGUCACUUAUGAAUAUUAUUUCAAUCAUGAUGGAAGACCUAAAAAGUGCUGCAAAAAAUGUUUUCUGACUACAUUACAUGAAAAUGAGAAGUUUGUCCGUACAGCUAUUGAAAAUAAAAAUUGUAGUCCAUCUGGUAUUACCAAGUUAGAUGGUCGUGGAAAAAGAUGUCCUGUUAACAAAACUACAGAAGAAGCAAUUUUAAAUGUUCAAAAACAUAUUUCAACAUUCCCAACAUAUGAAAGUCACUAUACUCGCCGUACUAAUGAUACAAAGUAUUUACCAUCACAUUUAAAUCUUACUUUGAUGUACAAAUUAUACCGUUCUGAGACUGAAAAACCAGUUAGUAAAUCAAUUUAUGAAAGGGAAUUCAAGAAAACAAAAUUAAAAUUUAAGUUGAGAAAAGCGGACACUUGUCAUAAAUGUGAUGUUCUUAAAAUGAAGAUUGAAAUGGAAACUAAUGAUGAAAACAAAAAAAAAUUGAUUGAAGAUCGUGAUCACCAUGUAAAAAAUGCUGAUGAUGCAUAUAAUACUAAAAAAAUUGACAAAGAUAAAUCUAAAUUAGACCCUUCAAUCCUUUGUCUAACUUUUGAUUUACAACAAUGCUUGCCAACCCCAUUUCUUGAAACGUCUGUUGCUUUUUAUAAAAGAUUGUAUUGGACUUAUAAUCUUUCUACACAUAAUCUGGCUACUGGUCAGGCAUCUUGUUACUUGUGGCACGAAACAAUUGCUCGAAGAGGUGCUAACGAAAUAGCAUCAUGUAUUUAUAAAGAACUUUCAAAUAUAUCAAAUAAUGUGAAAACAAUAAUACUUUAUUCAGACUCUUGUGCAGGCCAAAACAAAAAUUCAUACCUUUCUGCUAUGUUUUUUACUAUUCUUGAAAAAAAAAAAUAUAUUGAACAAAUAAAUCACAAGUUUUUAACUCCUGGUCACACUCAUAUGGAGUGCGACUCAGAUCACUCGCUAAUAGAAAAACAGAAGAAACAUUCCGCACUUCAAAUUGCACAUCCAAGAGACUGGGCUACACUUAUAAGCUGUACAAACAAAAAGAAACCUUUUCUUGUGCAUGAAAUGGAUCAGGAACAUUUUUUUAAUUUUGAAAAAUUAUUGAAAGGACCUCUAGUAGUACGCAAAAAAGAUGAAAAUGGAAAUAAAUUUGUUUGGCAUGAUGUUGCCUGGUUGCAAUAUAGAAGUAGUAACAUUGGUACAUUAUACUACAAAACAAGUUUAUCUGAAGAUGAACCGUUUAAAAUAGUAAAUCUAAAAAGAAGAGGCCGUGUAAAUAAUUUUACAUUGCAAAAAAUGUAUAAUUCACCAGUUCCAAUAUCUAAAGAAAAAAAAAGAGAUCUACUCCAACUUCUCCCGUUAAUACCAAAUAUUUACCAUGAUUUUUAUAAAAAUUUGAAUAGUGAUUCUACUGAGAAACAAGAUUAUGAUCCAGAUCUUGAUGAAGAUUUGUCUAUUGAUAAUGAUGAUUAAUUUUUUUAUUUUAAUUUCUUAUAAUUUUUUUACUUUUAUUCUUUGUACUAUUUUAUUUUAUAUUAUGUUUGUUCUAUAUUAUAAUAAUAUUAUGAUACAUACACAUUAUUAUAUGUGUACAGUUAAAUUAUACUCAGAGGAAUGAAUGUAUUAAUCAAAUGUGAAACAAAAUUUUAAAUAAUAUAUCAAAAUAUUAUUUUUAAAUUAAUUUGUUAUACUAAUUAUUAAUAAAGUAAGGUUUUACUAGAAAAACAAUUUUUUUUUAUGAUUCUAUUUCAACAAAAAUAAAUGUAAAGGUUAUACCCUAGUAUUUUGUUAUUGUUUCCUUGAUACGAAUUUAUUGAAAUUCUAAGUUAAGUCAAAACGUAUAGAAUCUAAAAGUCAUAAGUCAUGAUCGUAAUGACUUAUGUCAAAAGUUCAAAAAUAAAAAUGGCUCAAGUGCAUUUAUCUUGUAAUUGCUAAAUAUGUACAUAUAUCUAUUACUACACAUUUGUUUGACAUGAAAAACUAAUAAUAAAAAUAUUUGAUAUAGGAAUAUAAACAUUUAAUUUA